GCCAAAUUUUGUGUACAAGCGAAAUGGGUUUUUCGCCCGCAGAAAAUCGGCGUGGAAUGUAAUCCGCGCGAUUCACUGCAAAUCGAGUGGUUUCAUUUAUGAAUGGGGAGGAUUUUAACACCGUACACAAGCGAAUGAACCGAGAAGGCAAUACGUAGUUUCCUCAGCGUCCAUCCUGAGUUGAUAACUGUUGAUUAAGGUGCUGGGCAGGCUCUCUUCAACAAGUCGAGAGAUCUAGAAUCAGAGAGGAUAACAAGUCAGUAUUGACUCAUCUCUUAAUCAGUCACUAUCCCUUCUGGACGACCGUGUGCCCUUAGCCAGUGUGCAGUAGGAGCAACAUCGGCAUUUAAAAGAGAGCUUCUACUAGCACGCCACCUCCAAGGGACGCUUGCUUUACGAUGACGAUGGCUAGCCUCUUCUCCUUUACCAGCCCAGUGGUGAAGCGGCUACUGGGCUGGAAGCAGGGAGAUGAAGAAGAGAAAUGGGCCGAGAAGGCCGUCGACUCUCUCGUCAAGAAACUCAAAAAGAAGAAAGGCGCCAUGGAGGAGUUGGAGCGAGCUCUCUCGCGUCCCGGAGAACUCAGCAAGUGCGUGACCAUCCCCAGGUCGUUGGAUGGCAGGUUACAGGUGUCACAUAGGAAAGGACUUCCCCAUGUUAUAUAUUGCAGGGUUUGGCGUUGGCCAGAUCUACAGAGCCAUCAUGAACUCAAAGCAUUGGACUGUUGUGAUUAUGCCUUUGGUAAAAAACAAAAAGAGGUGUGCAUUAACCCCUACCACUACAAGAGAGUUGAAAGUCCAGUUCUUCCUCCAGUGCUUGUGCCGCGCCACAGCGAGUCGAUACCCUCUCACAGUCUGCUGCCAUACCGCGGUCUCCCAGAGCCAGCAUACCCACACAAUGCUACGUAUCCUCAGAGCUUUCAGCAGCAGAACUCUCCUCCUCCACCACCACCAACUCACCCUGGCUCACCCCAUGGGACUUCACAACCCCAGCCUUCCCCUGCCAGCUCCAACCCAAAUAGCCCCUAUGGCUUACCUGCUGACACGCCCCCUCCUGCAUACAUGCCACCUGAUGAAGGAGGUCCAAACCAAAAUGAUAACAGCUCAACUCCUAUGGAUACCAAUCCCCCAUCAUGUGUGGUACCAAAUCAAAUCCUUGCUGUCGAAGGUCGUGAUGUAGCCCCCGUCACAUACCAAGAACCCCAAUCAUGGUGUUCCAUCGCUUACUACGAGCUCAACAACAGAGUGGGGGAGCCCUUCCAUGCUACUACAACCAGCGUCAUCGUGGACGGCUUCACCGAUCCAUCCAAUAACCAUGAUCGCUUCUGCCUGGGUCUUCUCUCUAAUGUCAACCGCAAUUCCACCAUAGAGAAUACAAGGAGACACAUCGGAAAAGGUGUCCAUCUGUACUACGUUGGAGGUGAGGUCUACGCAGAGUGUCUCAGUGACAGCAGUAUCUUUGUCCAGAGCCGCAACUGCAACCAUCGGCACGGCUUCCAUCCGACCACGGUCUGCAAGAUCCCUCCAGGAUGCUCUCUCAAGAUCUUCAACAACCAGGAGUUUGCUGCCCUCCUCUCCCAGUACGUCAACCAUGGCUUUGAGAUGGUCUACGAACUCACCAAGAUGUGUACCAUCCGUAUGAGCUUUGUCAAGGGUUGGGGCGCAGAGUACCAUCGUCAGGAUGUUACCUCUACCCCGUGCUGGAUUGAGAUUCAUCUCAACGGUCCGUUACAAUGGUUGGAUAAGGUCCUCACGCAGAUGGGAUCCCCACAUAACCCCAUCUCCUCUGUAUCAUGAUUGCACAUACCAUUAAAUAAUAUUAGCUCUGAAAUUUUUAUAAGGAAAAUGGGUCAAUUCUAUUUCCUUAUCAACAAUUUCAGCACUUUUGUAUAGUUAAUGAUUAUUAUGUUUUUAAUAUGUUUCAUUUGGACAAUAAGCGAAUAUUGUGAUUUACAGAUUUAGAUUCAAAUUCGAUACAUUUGCCAUGGUCUGAUUCAACUGUUAUAAUGAGAUGCAUAUCACAUCACAUGUAUUCUUUCUAUGAAAUGAAGUAGAGUAAUUAUUACAGAUUGUUUAUCUAUAUGCACUGGUUAUCUUCCAAAUAUCUUUGACCACAAAUAGCUUUUGCACACAUUCUAAUUGUUGUACAUGAAGAGGCAAUUCGCAUAAGACCAAGAUAAGCUGUCUGUCAGAAGAUAUUACAAAAUGGUUUCAUAGCAGAGAACAUAUCAUAGGGCAUGAUGAUAUUGCAUAUGAACAUACUUCAUGGGUGAUUGGUAAAAAAUAGAGGAGACUUGAUUAGAGUUACUUUGUAUUUAUCAUUUAUCAACCCAUUAAGUUAUUAAGUUUUGUGCCUUUUGGCUAAGGAUUCCAACUUGUCUCCUUCCUUCAAAAAUGAAGAAAAAAACACUGUUUCUUUGGAAAUCGUUUGUAUAACAGUAUGUCAUAUUUCUUUUGGGGAAAAAUAACAUAGAAAAUUGUGUCUCUUGUAAAUACCUAAUCAAAAGCAAAUUCGAAUCUGUAUGAUAUCUAAGCUUUUGAUUUACACAUCCAUUCAUUCUUAUCAUUUUAUUUUAUGUAUUCAAGACUGUGUUGACUGCUUUUAACUAUAAAUACCUUUUUGUAUUUCUUACUUUUUUUUCCAUCAGUGUAGAGAUACUAUUCAUGAUAUUGAGAAUCUCAUUGUAAAUAUGUAAAUUGUAAUUGUUUCUCUGGGCUUUAUACCAAAUAUCUGAUCUACUUUUGUUUUCUCUACUUUACUGCAUGAGUCUAAAGGAAUUUUACAAGCAAUAGGUGAAAUAGUAUCGAAGUUUAGCUCACUUUACAUCAUCAAAUUCAGCACAAUUUUCUAUUAAAAGAAUGCACUGAUUUUGUAUGUUUAUUAUUGGUAGGCUGAUUUAUGUUAAUAGUAUUUUUAUCUUUAAAACCAGAACAAACAUAAAACAAUAUAGCACCUGCUAUUCAUCUGUUACUCUCAUAUGCCAGCCCUAUGAUUUAUACAUGAAUUCCAGGAUAAGUUUUUGCCCAAUUUUCUCUGUGUUUUGAUAAUGUUGUGAAGUCUAAAUGUUGUUGCUACAGGUAAAUAGAUGUAGUUUUUGAUAAAUCAAUUUAAGGUCAGUUUCUGAAGUAUUGAUCAUUGCAUCAUUGAUCAGACAGGUGACUGUAUAUUCCAUCUAGGUCAGUAAGUGUACAUGCUUUUAAUUAAAGCCAUCAAACGAAAGAUAGAUCACUCCUUGUUGGCCCUUCAAAUGCAUUCUUAACAGAUCUCUAUCCGAUUUGUUCAUGCAUAACUUACAAAUUAGAUGGAGAUGCUGUACCAUUCUAUAAGCGGUCUAUUACCAGAAACUGUCCUUUGAAAACAUAGGCCUCAUUCAGACAUCUGCACUAAACCACCACAGAAACACUGUCACAGCAAAAUAAAACUGUCUUACAUGAUAAUUAAUUGCGUGUGGGGAAGAAAAAAGACUAGCUGCACACACCAAUGGUCACUAAGCAUGCUCUGUUAUCUGUGUGUUAAAAGAUACAGUUAUGUGAGCCAAGCUUACCGAAUGUUAUUUUAUGUGGCCGUGGCACUUUUUGAGGUGAUUUACUAAGUUGAAUGUGAAGGAGGCUAUAUGAUGUGAUUUGAUGUUGGUGUGUACAUGUUCUCUAUCAUCUUCCAAUCCCUCUCCCCCAUUGAAUGAAACCCCUCCAGUCCUGUGUGAUGUGCUGUUUAGAUAUAUGUAGACCAUUCAAACAUGUUAUGUCAUUGUUUAACUAUGUGUGUAAAAUAUAACAUUGUGUCUCUUCUUUCGGGAGAUGAAAAUCUCAAUUUUGACAUCUCUUUAAAAAAAAAAUCAUGUUUUUCAGAUUGUAUUCCUGACUCAAAAGAGAGAAGAACAAAACUGUCUCUUCCAUUUCGCUGCAAAACAAAUAUGAAUUAUAAUUUGUUACAUUUUAUGCUUGAGUGUCUAUCAUUGAAAUUGAGACCAUUUUAGAGUCCAUUUAAGCUGUUGGUGACAAAUAAUUAAAAUAUUGAAUCGUUAGCCUACAUUGCCAUCUUAAUUUGAUUUUGAUACAGACCUUCAAUUUGAUUUUGAUACAGAUCUUAGAGUAAUAACUCAAUAAACCUUUGCUAAGUGCUCAGUUCAUUUUUCGUCAUUGCACAUUCUCCCGAGUUAACUGCCUGUGGCAAUUUUUGUAUCAUUGCAUAAUAUGGCAUGAUAUUAUAUUGUCAUAACAUUGUGCAAUCAUCUCAAUUUAGUGGACACAAAUGGAAAAUGCUGCAAGUACUUUGGUUUUUAAAGAAGGAAAAAGAGGGUGUUUAUGUAUUGGCAUUGUCAUUAAAACCCUUUGUAUGUUUUUACUUGUAUUUUUCAGUCAAUGUUGCAAAACAAAUGCCUACUGGAGGGGUCAUUUUCAAGUACCGUACAAGUAUCGAUCCUUAAAACGGUCUAUAAGGCUCUAAUUCUCUAGUUGUGUUGACUAUCUUACAGUCUAAAAUCGAUCCAAUAGCUGAGUUGUAAGCAGAGAUCUGCCGGCAUGCACACAUUGAUGAUUAUAGCAAUGGAAAUUGAAUAUUUUUUCAUACGGAUCAUGAUUAUUGAUUUUCUAAAUGGGCUAAUUGAGUCACUUUGGAAAUCUAGAUGAAUCAUGUGUAUUAACUUCAUUAAAUGGUUAGCAAUUAUUCAUUAUCCUUUGCUUAAUACCAAAAGUAAAUACUGAUAAUAAUAAUGAUAAUAAUAAUAUUAAUAAUUAUCACUAUCAGUCAUAAGAAAUCUUUAUGAAUCAUAUGCUAUCCUUAGCCCUUAUCUUCUUCCCAAUAACUUUUGGACAUUCCUUAAUGUAGCUUCUUUAUUAUUCUCAUUUUUCUCACUUUUGUUUUUACUGUCAGUUUUGUCAUUCUAAGUAGUUUGACACAUAUUUUGUUAACAAUUUAUUAUCCCAAUACUUCUGUCUAUUUCUGGAACUGAAAAUUAAUAUGGUGAAUAUGAUCUUAAUGCACCAGAUAAUGAACCACUAAAGACUUGACAUUUUCAAAAAGGAUGUAUGAGAAUAAUGAGAUGCAAAUUCAAUCUCUUUUGUCAUUUGCUGAAGUGUGGCAAUUAUUCAACUUUUUGUAUGUACAACUAGAUAAUGAUGAGUAAAAUCAACUUGCCGCUUUUUGUAUCUGAACUCUAGAUUCUAACAAAACUGAUUAGUUUUAAUGGAAAUAUUUGUAGAGUAUGGUGUGAGAUAUUGUGUCAGCAUUUUUUCAAAAAUCCUACUGAAUGACUUUAAAUCAACAGUCUCAGUAUGAAGACAGUUGGUUGUAAAUUCCUCUUUUUUAAAAUCUUUUUUAUUUUAUUUGUGUAGAUACGUAGUAGUCUGUGAGAUCUCUGUCCAGCAGUCUUCAAUAAAAUGAGGCUUUAGAUCAUAUUAA